UUUAAAAAUGGUUGGAUUCGCCCCUGUAAUAUAUAAUUUGUUAUCAUAAAUCGUCCAAAAAAACACAUUACUACAUAAAUGACAUCUUGGGUUGCUGUCUUAAUUAUUGAUUUGUACCCCACGUCUCCUUUUAUUUUAUUCUUAAUGAUUUAGAUAUGCUACGUCAUGCCACUUCUAACUACUGUAUCAGUUUACGCCUGUCACGUGAUUUUUAAGAAAAAUCAUAACCGAAUUGACAAAUUAAUUUGUUCUACUCCGAGUGCAUAUAAAGAACGUUAAACCGUAUUAUGGAAUUACACUGCAAAUGUGUAUCCUUCAUGCAUAGCCGUAUACAUGGUCAAUAAAGAAACUCAAAUUUGCAUUACCAGUUAAUUCAUUCAAAAGAGCCGCUGUUCUUUCGGCAUACGUCGACGAAAAGAGGGCAAUGGAAUCUAUUGAAAAAUUCCGUUCAUCGAUUGAAAAAGAAAAGUAUUCCUCUUUGUUAUACCUCUUCAUGGCUCCAUUGUCGUGCAAGACGUUAGAGAAGAAACGAUAUGCACACCAUGUUCCAGUGGAUAUUUUCAAUGCAAAAACUGCAGAUGUAUACAAUCAAGUUGGAGAUGUGACGGGGAUUCAGACUGCGGCCCAGAUGAUACCUCAGACGAAGAUGCUUGUCAUCUGUGUGGUCAAUGCUCGGGCUAUAGGUGCGAAUGUGGGAGAUGUAUUCCACAACGAUGGUUGUGUGAUGGAGUUCCGGACUGCUCUGAUAGCUCUGACGAGAUCCAAUGUGAAGGAAAAGACUACUGUGACCUUGAUCCAGAUAAUCACUUCCGGUGUACAGAAAGUGGAAGGUGCAUAAUCUUGAAAUGGAAAUGUGAUGGAGAGUUUGAUUGUGGGGCUAGUGAUCAGUCAGACGAAAAAGGAUGCUCUCAUUUAUAAACAUAAUGUGAUGCAUGCUUACAUCAUUGUAGAACAUAACCUUAGAAUACAGAUUUGACAAUAGAUUUGGACCUACAAUAACUAGCGAUUCUUAAGUUUCAUUUAUGAAAUACAUGAAAUGCAUUUAUCUCGUUUCUUCUUUCUUAUAAAUUAACAAAUAUAUUGAGAGAAUUAGUUCAACUUUGUUUCAUAAAAAAACAUAGAUACAAAUAUCUUGUUUUCAUGGAGUGUAAAUUCAUUUAUUUUCUUUGUACCAAUUUUCGUGGAUUGAGAAACAAUGUACUUUCUUAGAUAUCCAAAGUCGUGGUUUUGAUUACUUUUAAUUAAAUUCUUUGAACAAUU